AUGUCCGCAAACGACGCAGUUAUCUCAGAUGAUGAAGAUACGGAAAUCGUCCAUGGAUUUGGAGCUCAACCUAUAUCCAGAAACCAAAUGAGAACAACAAAACGUUGGUCAUUCCACAACAAUGCUCGACCAAAUUUGGUUGACUUGCCUCUGGAAGUAGGUGGCCCACCAAGGAGGUUGAGUGACAUUACCGGGAUUGAUGGAGUACAUAAACAAAUAGACCCUUUGAGCGAACUAGGAGGAGCACAGUUAUAUUCAACAGAGUCAGGUAGAUUGUUUCAUGCGGGGAAAAUCAUUAUCGCCCUUGCGGGUUUACCAGGGAGAGGUAAAACACAUUUAUCAGUAUCUUUAACCAGAUACUUGAGAUGGUUAGGGGUAAAGACCCAUUCUUUCCACUUGGGUGAUUAUAGAAGAGCUAGUGCUGAAGACGACUUGACACAUGACUUGUUUGUACCAAGUCCAAAGAGCGGCAAAGCUCAUGCCUUGAGAGAAAAGGUAGCUAAUGAAUGCCUCAACGAUAUCUUGAAUUUCUUUAAAAAUGACAAGGGUCAAGUUGCAAUUUAUGAUGCCGUGAAUGCUAUUCCUGAGUUUAGAUUACAGUUGCAUAAAAGAUUUAAGGAUUUGAAGAUACAAGUUGUGUUCAUUGAGAGUUUAGUCACGGACGACUCGAUUGUAAUGAAGAACAUUGAAGAAGCAGCAAAGUCGUCACCAGAUUAUAACAAUUGGGAUUAUGAUGCUGCUUAUAAGGAUUAUAGCGAAAGAAUCAGAGCGCUUGCACCAUUCUAUCAGGAGAUGGGUUUGAAUCAAGAAGAAAAAGAUUUGUCUUAUAUCAAGUUUAUUAAUUUCGGAGAGAGAAUUGAAUUGCACAACUCAAAUUAUGGUUACUUGAUCAACAAGGUAGUGUUUUAUCUCAUGAAUGGAAGUAUAAAGUCUGGAUCGGUAUUUUUGGCACGAUGCUACAAAAAUACUUUGGACUUUAAUCAGGACCCACCAUUGGAUGAGGAGGGUUUAAAGUAUGCCAAGAACUUGACAGACACUGUAAUAGCACAGCUUAAAUCGGAGGGCAAAACUUAUCUUGAUAGAGUUGAGGGUAAACCCGAGUUACAAAGAGAGCCAUCUGUGGACAUGAGACAACCUGCUGCUGGAGUGGAUGGUGUUAAUGACAAUUCUUUGGUGGUGUGGACGUCAGUAAAAAAGCGAACUAUCGAAACAACCCAAUUUCUUCAACAGAAGAACAUUAAUGUUAGACAUAGGAUUCAGUUAUCUCAAAAGAAUCCAGGUGUUGUAGGAACUCUUUGCGAAGAGGAUAUCGCCAAGCAGUUCCCUGAAGCUUAUUCCCAGUAUAUCAAAGAUCCUUAUCAUUAUCGUUUUUCUCGUGCAGAGUCGUAUCAUGAUUUAGCAAUCAAAAUCGAGCCAUUGAUUUUGGAAAUGGAACGAAUGAGUGGAGACUUGUUAAUCAUAGCAGAUGAAACAAUAUUGAGGGUGUUAUAUGGAUAUCUUAUGUCAUGUUCUUGUUAUGAUAUACCCACAUUAGAUUUCAAAACUGAUGAAAUUAUUGAGAUUAAAUUUAAUGCGUAUUCAAAUAGCGCGAAGAGAAUAAAAAUUAAGGAUCAUAGUGUAUAG